CGAAUCGCGAGUCCGGCUGAUCGGCAACGAUGGCUGUAUCCGUGUUACCAGAAAAGCCAACGAGAGGUACCUGGAGCAGCAUACGUUCGACCUACAAGUAUGCUAAAGGCUACAUCAUGGUUGGGGAUGCUUCUAGGAAGGCGGAGUUGGUUUCCUUUGGUGACUCUCACUGACAAUGUCGAUCAAGACAAAGUAGGUCGCCUGCCUAGCCAACAGGUUUCUUCCCUGGUACCAGGAGCUCACCGAAAGGACUGGAAAGGAAUUAUUUUCCAAGACGAUUGCGCUCCUGUGCCAUACUGCCAGCACAGAGCUCAGAUCUCAAUCCAAUCGAGCAUCUUUGGGCUUAUCUUGCGCAUAAUCUUCGUAGCAAACGUGGCGAACUGGCAGAUGUGGCCCAACUCGAAGCGUUUGUCCACAAAACCUGGUUGGAGAUCUCCCCUCUUCUUCUGGAAAAAUUUAGUUUCCAGUAGGCCCGAAACAACGAGAGUUUCCGCUCCAGUCAGUCCAAGUUCUUGACGUCCUGGGCUAUUCUCGUGAAAUACGUCCACGAGAACAUAUACAAAGGUCAUUAU